CUCUCUCUCUCCCUCUAAGAGACUCGCUAAGACUUCAGCCUCUGAUUAGAGUAAUUACUUAUAAAUGCGAGCUUGACACAUAUGGAAGAAGGUGGCGCAGGUUAGCAGCGGAGCGCGUCUCCGUAGACCGUGGGUGAAGUGCGCCCACUGAGAGACCAAUAGAGAGAGAUGGGUCAGGGGCUGAGCUGCGGAACGAGCCAAGAGCACGGGCUGUUCAGGGCGGUCCAGGUUGGGGACUUGGACACUGUGGAGGCUGUGCUGGGGAGAGAGCCGGCUUUGUUACACCAAGCCACUGUCUAUGACCGACACUCUGCGCUCCAUAUAGCCGCUGCCAAUGGCCAGAUCGAGAUUUUGUCAAUGCUUUUGGCUCGAUCUGUGAAUCCGGAUGUGUUGAAUCGACAGAAGCAGUCUCCGCUUAUGUUAGCUGCAAUGCAUGGCAAGAUCUCCUGUGUAGAAAAGCUCCUUGAAGCUGGAGCAAAUAUAUUGAUGUUUGAUUCCCUUCAUGGAAGAACCUGCUUGCACUAUGCUGCUUACUACGGCCACGCCGAUUGCCUUCAAGCAAUUCUUUCCGCUGCUCAAUCUAGUACAGUUGCUGCUUCUUGGGGAUUUGCGCGGUUUGUGAAUAUUAGAGAUGGUAGGGGAGCAACACCGCUGCACUUAGCAGCCCGUCAAAGACGGCCCGAAUGUGUACAUAUUCUAUUAGACAAUGGAGCUCUUGUUUGUGCUUCAACCGGCGGAUAUGGGUGCCCGGGAAGCACUCCUCUUCAUCUUGCUGCCAGAGGGGGAUCUCUUGAUUGCAUCCGUGAGUUGUUGGCGUGGGGUGCAGAUCGUUUUCAAAGAGAUACAUCUGGGAGAAUACCAUAUAUAGUUGCUUUGAAGCACAGGCAUGGAGCAUGUGCAGCCUUGCUGAAUCCUUCAUCAGCAGAGCCUCUUGUCUGGCCAUCACCUUUGAAGUUCAUCGGUGAGCUUAAUCAUGAGGCAAAAGCUUUGUUAGAACAGGCUCUAAUGGAGGCAAACAGGGAGAGGGAGAAGAGCAUCUUAAAGGGAACUGCAUACUCCCUUCCAUCUCCAUCUCCAUCUCAUUCUGAUGUUGGGAUGGAGGACAACAUUUCUGAGGCCAGCAGCGAUACCGAGCUAUGCUCCAUAUGCUUUGAGCAGGUGUGCACAAUUGAAGUCCAAGAUUGUGGCCACCAAAUGUGUGCACAUUGCACACUAGCCCUUUGCUGCCACAAUAAGCCCAACCCAACCACAGCAUGCCUAACCCCACCGGUUUGCCCAUUUUGCCGAAGCACCAUCGACCGAUUGGUGGUUGCAAAGAUCAGAAAUAAUGAUGACACUGAUAGCAACAUUGGUGAUAUCAGUUCUUCCAAGUUAAGAAAGUCAAGGAGGUCCCAGAACUUGAGUGAGGGAAGCAGCAGCUUCAAGGGCUUAUCCGCAGUUGGUUCAUUUGGAAAGAUGGGCGGCCGUAGCUCCGGAAGGGUUGCUGCUGAAAAUGAGUGGGUUGAUAAGCCUUGAUAGUUGGUGAAACAUGGCAAUCAAGGAUAGACUGUGUAACUGUAAAAGGAGGAAAAUUCAAGAAAACGCUAGUGGUGCUGGACCCGUUGGUAUGUAUAGAUAGAGAAAUCCAGCUGUUGUGUAGAUUUGGAAUAAGCAAAGAAGUAAGUUCUUUUGCAGUUUGGGUUGAUAAAAAGCUUGAUUGCUUGGGUCAUGUUGUAAUAUUUGUUUACUUGAGACUAAAGGAAGUAUUGAUGAUUUUUGAGGGGUCUCCUAGACAUACCUGAAUUGGUAAAAAAAAAAAUUCUUUUUCAAAGUAAAAUUCAACGUUCUUCAGCCUAAGAACCCUUGGAAAGAGUCAAGGAUAUGAGUAUUUCUUUCGUUUGAAAGGUAGACUCUUGUGAGAUGUAAUAUAUUAUUUUAUUUUGUUGUAGAAAACUGGACAAUAAAAUACAAAGAGAAGAAGCCUGUUGGCUGUUGGUUGUCA